AUGCCUCGAGUUUUGGUCUUUGGCGCAACAGGAUAUCUCGGCCAAGCGGUCACUCAAGCGCUCGUGCGGAGCGGCCUGCACACGGUAUAUGGCCUUUGCAGGUCUGCCUCCAGAGCUCAAUCUCUGGCGACGUCUGAAAUCAUCCCUGUCAUGUGCGAGGACCCGGUGAAUGCACCCGACCCUUACCUGCGCGCAGUUCGGAGUUUCAGGAUUGACGCCGUGGUGGAUUGCACUGCCGCGUACGGCGACAGCGCCAAAUUCCUCGCCGAUGUCAAAACUGUCGGGCAGGAGCGCCUGGAGACCUUCAGGGCCGAAGGAGUCGCUGUACCUCCAAAGAUCAGCUACAUAUACAUUUCCGGCGCAUGGGUCCAUGGGCAUUCAGACGUCCCUGUCACCGACUUGGAUCCCGUCGGGGCCAAAUCAGCCCCGACGCAGCCGCUGCCUCUUGUGGCGUGGCGACCCGAGCUGGAGCGAAAGGUCUUGGCUGCCCGAGACGUGCUCGACGUGUUGAUCUUCCGGCCUGCGCAGAUGCAUGGUCGCAGCAGCUCUGGCUGGACUGCCUUGUGGGGUCCGAUUGCUCAGGCGGUCGCAGAUGGCAAGAGCCACCUCCAAGUCCCCGUUGCGCCAACGUCACAAUCGCCAGUCAUUCAUGUCGACGACGUGGCGUCGGCCGUGUGCCGUGGCGUGGGCAAGGUCUCCCUGCUAGGAGGUACGUCGGUGUAUCCUGUCUUCGACCUGGUCUCCACAACCGAGAACAUCCGCGACAUCCUCUCGGCGUUCGCGCGGGCUUUGAGCUCGACCAAGGGGCAGAGCGGUAAACUGGAACUGGAACUUGUUGGACCUGGGGAUCACCCUGUUCUCCAAGCACCGGGUGCAACUGUUCAAUAUGACAGUGCCAGAGCACGAGAAUUGCUUGGUUGGGAACCAAACAGGAACGGCCUCGUCAAGGAAAUGGGCAUUUUUGCAAAGGCAUGGGAAGCGAAUCAGUGA